AACUCUUGGGGAGAGUCAGCGAAGCGGAAGUGUCGACGGCCGCUUCCUUCCAUAUCCCGGAACCAGCCGUGUUGUGAUUGCCGGCCUCCAAGCUUUGCCGGUCGCUGCCGCGGCGCUCGGGGAAGGGGGCUGGGGAGAGACGAGACAUGACGUGAAGCCGCCGAGGGAAGGCCUUGCUGGGAGCGGCGACGGCGGCUCUUUUCCCUAUAUGGGCCACUUUCUCUCGCGGAAGGGUACCAUCCAGGAUGCCGAUAAAAGCCGGUGCCGCCGUCGCAGCAGUCGCUCCCUGAGGGGGAAGGUCCGUUCAGCGCGGAACCGGAGCUGCUUUCUCCGUGGGCCGUGCAUGCUCUGUUUCUUGGUUCACAGUGCCAGCCCUCCCACAGCGGAGGAGCCUCAGCAGCCGCCCGCCCGCCAAGAUUCGCUGCCGCCGAUUCUCUGCGCGGCUCUGAAAGCCCCCGAGGAACGCGCCGGUCGCCGCCUCCUGCGCUUGUCUCCCAGGGCCGCUUACUGGGACGAGCGGGGCCGCCGCCGCCUGCUCCUCUCGGGCCUUUUCUUUUCUCCCCCGCCGCCUUCAGCGCGCCGGGGAUUCUUGGUGCCUGCGCUGGAGAGCAGCGAGGCCCCGCCGCCGGAGAUGGUGUGCAAGCGCAAAGGUGUCCGGCUGCUUCCCUGCCCGCCCCGCAAACAGUCCCGCUGCGCCACCAUCACAGCGACAGGGGCCGGGAGCCCUUCGCCGCCGCCGCCGUCACCCGCGGCUGCUUCCCUGCCCGAACAACACCUCUGCCCGCUGCCCUGCGCCUCGGAUCACGCCCGGGGAGGCUCGCCUAAAGACUCCGCCGGAGAGAAUGGAGACGACGGGAAGGGGCUGACGCCUGCAGGCUCUCCCUCGCAGCUGCCGGAGCUGGGCGGGAGGGAGAAGCAUGAGCCCCGCGAACCGGACUGUGAGGAGCCCCCCGAAAACCCGGGAGACUGCUGCCGGGAGCCGCAGCCCCCCUCACCGGACAUCAACCAGCUCCCACCCUCCAUCCUCCUCAAGAUAUUUUCCAAUUUAUCUUUGAAUGAACGAUGUCUCUCAGCAUCAUUGGUUUGUAAAUAUUGGCGUGACCUCUGUUUAGAUUUCCAGUUUUGGAAGCAAUUGGAUCUCAGUAGUCGUCAGCAGGUCACAGAUGAGUUACUGGAAAGAAUUGCAUCAAGAAGCCAGAAUAUAACUGAAAUCAAUAUUUCAGAUUGCCGUAAUGUAUCAGAUAGAGGAGUAUGUGUACUAGCAUCUAAAUGUCCUGGACUUCUAAGAUAUACUGCCUACAGGUGUAAACAGCUAUCUGAUACGUCUAUAAUUGCAGUGGCAUCCCAGUGUCCUCAACUUCAGAAAGUGCAUGUAGGCAACCAAGAUCGGCUCACUGAUGAAGGACUCAAGCAGCUGGGCUCAGAGUGCAGAGAACUAAGAGAUAUUCAUUUUGGGCAAUGUUACAAGAUCUCAGAUGAAGGAAUGAUCAUUAUAGCUAAAGGAUGCCUGAAGUUACAGAGAAUAUACAUGCAGGAAAACAAAUUAGUGACAGAUCAGUCUGUUAAAGCAUUUGCUGAACACUGUCCUGAGUUGCAGUAUGUUGGGUUUAUGGGCUGUUCUGUUACAUCUAAAGGAGUCAUACACCUUACCAAUCUAAGAAACCUUUCCAGCUUGGACCUACGUCAUAUCACAGAACUGGAUAAUGAAACAGUGAUGGAAAUAGUAAAGAGAUGCAAAAACCUUAUCUCCCUCAAUCUGUGUCUGAACUGGAUUAUAAAUGACAGAUGUGUCGAGGUCAUUGCUAAAGAAGGACAGAACCUGAAAGAACUUUACUUGGUGUCAUGUAAGAUCACAGACUAUGCACUGAUAGCUAUUGGGCGAUAUAGUAUGACAAUAGAGACUGUGGAUGUAGGAUGGUGCAAAGAAAUCACAGAUCAGGGAGCCACCCAAAUUGCUCAGAGUAGCAAGUCGCUCAGGUACUUGGGACUAAUGCGAUGUGAUAAGGUGAAUGAAGUGACGGUAGAACAACUAGUGCAGCAGCACCCACACAUCACCUUCAGUACUGUACUACAAGACUGCAAGAGAACCUUGGAACGGGCAUACCAGAUGGGCUGGACACCCAAUAUGUCAACUGCCUCUUAACUGAUGAUACGAUAUUAAAAUAGUCAGCAGAUUUAAGACUGAAUGUUUGAACAUUGUUAAUGUUUUUAAUUAAUAUUUUUGCUUUUUAAAAAAUAUGUUAAGCUUUUAAUUUUGAAUUUAUAUAUAUUGUUUAAUGUAGUGGGAAAUGUUCAUUCCAUCUUUUAAUGAAAAUAUUGGAAGAAAAACAUGGUCAGAUAUAUUUAAUUUUUUUGGAAAGUUUGUCAGCCUAAGCAUCUACAAGUCUCUGAAAAUAUUGCAGAGUUUGAAACUUUUCUUAAUGCAAUAUAAUUGUAAGUUUACAUAAAAGACUCUGGAUUUGACUCUGGAUUUUUUUUCCCAACUACAUGUUCAUGAUAGAAACACCUCUUUAAAGAUGCAUUGUAAGGUUUUUGUAUACAUAAACCCAAUGUUUAAAAGC